AGCAAAACAGAGGAUUUGCGGAAAAGAAAGCGAUCGUACAAAUACGGAUAAUUAGUGUAAUUUAGUGACAACUUGUUGUUUUAGGUUCGUUUAGAACCUUUGUUUAUCUCCUAAUCAGUGACGCCAGAUUGGCAACUCGGUAGAUCGCCGCUAAUAGUGUUCACAAGAUCACAGGGAAGUUACCGUUUAUUUUUGACAUUGACAUUCUUCGUUGGAAAAUACCAACAAAUGGAGUACGAGGAGAUUGGGAGAGAAGAAAUGCCAUUUGAAUCACACCAUCAAAUAAAUCAAGAAAGAAGCAGAAGAAAACCUAGAAAACCGUGUUCCUUGAAUUAUUUUAGUAACAUUUCGUGUGUUUAUAAGUCUUUUCCGAACAGAUUUUCUAAGACGAUUAUUUGUUGAGAAGUCAUCCAAGCGUGUUAUUUGUGUGGUGAUUUCGUGAUUGUAAACAACUGGACUUUCUAAAAUUUCCGUCUAUAUUACUUAUUUUGGCGUUCAUCAUGAAACUACUGGAAAAUUCACUGUUUGAACAGAUCAACUCUAACUUGUCCAUAGAGCUGGAAACAUCGAAAAUUGAAGGAAGACUGGAGAGCUAUUCCUGUAAGAUGGCGGGAAAUGACAAGCGCCUGUACAAUAAAAUGUUGUCAGCUGAGGGCGGUGUGAGCCCCAUGGACCUGCAAGCCUUGUCUCCCCCACAGAGCACCCUGUCCCACAGUCCCAGCAAACAGUACAGCAGGAGCCAAGGAAGUGAUGGAGAGGGGUACCUAUGUGAUACUAUAUCUACCAAAACCCUCUUCUACCUCAUUUCCACACUCAAUGCCUCCUUCAACCCAGACUAUGAUUUUAGUGAUGCAAAGAGUGAGGAAUUCAGCAAAGAACCAAGCAUACAGUGGGUGCUUGGUACAAUAAAUACACAGAUGCAUGCAGCAGCCGGAGACCGAUUUGACCCUCUUACCCAAAAGAUGUGGUCAGCAGUAGAUGCUGAAAUUGGAUUGCAGGAAUGUGACAUAUUCAGCUACAAUCCUGAUCUGGCCUCAGAUCCUUAUGGAGAGGAGGGAUGCAUCUGGUCCUUCAAUUACUUCUUCUACAAUAAGAAACUCAAGAGAAUUGUGUUUUUCACUUGCCGCUCGUCCAGUGUGUCAGCCCAGUCAGAUUCAGGUAUUGGCAACGACAGUUUAUUCGAGAACUCUGGGAUGGAAUUUGGGGAUCAAGAAUUUGAUGACAUGGAGUAAUAAUCUGUUCCUGACUGAAAGCUUCAACAGAUCCCCAGAAUCACAGGAAUAGCGAUUUGUGUGUGAACAAGCCUUUUUAUAGAUAUACCAUUUUUUGAAGAGUGAACACUAACCAAUUUUACUUACAAUAGAAACUGGAACCUGCAUGUAAACUUCAAAUGUUCAAAAUCGUAACACUUUAAGCGAAUUUAGAAUUUUCAGUUCAUUUUUGGAAGGUUCUGUUAAGAUUUGUUCAAGAAAUACCAACUGUCAUGAUUACCAGCUGUGUACAUUUUAUGCAAAACAUUUGAAGAAAGGUCAUGUUAACCACCAAUAUAAUUUAAUUCUUUAUGUAUUUUUUAUGUUUCAUUACUAGUAAAAUGAUGGAGGAAGACCUUCAUUCUUGAACAAAAGGGAUGAAACAAAUAGUAUGUACUGAAAUCAUCUUUCAAUCGAAAUCCGCUUUGUACAGAUCAGAGAUUUUUUAUAAUUUUGUACAGGUGUAUUAAAUUCAGCAUUGCAUUGGUUCAGGGUGUACAUAUUUUUUUUUAACAUUUAUCCACAUUCCUUGUCACUCUGGAUUUGUUUUCAAUGGUUCACCACAACUUCCUGUCUAAUGGAUAAGAUACAUGCUUUCUCUCUGGUCUCAUUUCUCGCUCUCCCUUUCUUCUUUUCUUUUUCAUUCUGUCUUUAUCCAUAACUUAACAUUCAGACAUGAAUGCUGAUUCUCUGAGAAGAGUCUUGAUUUGAUUUUUGUAAAAAAAAAAUCACAAGGGUGGUCUAGAUAUAUUGAAGAGAUGCUUUAUGACUGAUGUUGAAGAAAGUUAGUAUUGUGUCUUUCGAUCAAUAUCAAUAUGAUAUGAUAAACUUAGAGAUGCUGUCCCUGCAAAAAAGUUUAAGUGAUACUUUAAAUUUAAAGAUGCUGAAAUAGUUAAUAUUACAUCACUUUAAAACUUUUAAAGUGACCUAAAAAAAAAUUGAAAUUAUGUCUCUUAAAAAUCAUGAAGAAAACUUAUAGUGUUAUGUAGUUAACUAAUUGUAUUGUAAAGCUGGUAAUUUCACCGAUUUCCUUUAAAAACGAUCAAAUUAAUUCUAUCAAUUUAAAAAUCUGGAUGUUAAAGAACAUCUAAUACAAAUAUGCCAUUAUUUUAACAGAAUUUUUGCAAUUAUGUUAAUGUACCACGAAAUGUGAAAAUUUCAACCCCAUGAAUAUAUCCAUCUUUAUACUGUGUUAUGUAUUAUGAUAUGAUUGUAAUGUUGCAAUAAAUUCGGCCAGUGCCGUCUUAGAUUAGAAAAGUUAGUCAUUAUAUUCAUACCACUAUUAAAGUGGAAAAGAAGUGGAGACUCGUAGAUUAUUUGAUGUCAUUAGGACAAGAUGUUAUUGAUUGUUAAUACCAUUUCAGAUUCUGAAAUAAAAAAUUGACGGAAUGAAAAUAUCCAAUAUGUGUUACAUAUAUCAUGUACUGAUAUCUAAAAACUUGAUAAUAAUAUUCACGUAUGUUCAAAAUAUUGCUUUUUCAUUUUUGUUGUAUUUUAUUGCCAUUAUUAGUUAAAUGUAGUAUGUUUGGUUUAUUUUGUGGUUAUAUUAUAUUUUUUGUAGUCUUGUUGAAAAGUUUAUUAUCUCAAUUUUUGUACAUCUUGGAUAUCGUUUUGACCUCGAUAUGAAUGUAUGUUACAUAUUUAAAUAGAAGUGUUUUUGAGAUUAAUAGUGAUACAUGGCUGUUUGUUGAUCUCAGAAUUUCCAUUUUGCUUGUCAAGAUUUUUACAUGUACAGAAAGGGAAGAUCUCAAAUGAUUUGAGAGGAUCUCCAGAGAAGUGUUAUGUUUGUAUAUAGUAGUACUGUACCAACUUUGUUUAAACAUCUCGAGAGAUACUAAUUCCUGUAAGUACAAAAACAUAUUGGAAGUGUUUCCAAUUUUUAUUUUCUCCGGGGAUAUGGUUAAGGAAUUUUCCAGUGAAGCUCCUUGUACAGGAGUUUUCAUAAUACUGUGACAAUAUAAUGAAGGAGAAAAGUGAUAUCCGAGGCCCUGUGAGAUGACGAAGUGUUGUAUCUACACACAGCCAGUUGGAACCAACAGUGAUGGCGAGUCAUACACCAAUGAAAUUGGAUAUGAUUUACUGGACUGCUCACUGUGGAUCUGCACUAAAGGACAAGAAAUGGAGAAGAAUUGGAAACUGUUGCGUUACCUGACAAAGUAUAGAGAAAGUGUUGUCAACACAAUGUGAUAAUUUAUGGUGACAAUCUAAUGGGAUUGCUGACUGGUGGAAAUGUAAGAAAAAGAAAUGUUUAUGGAGCUGAAUUCAGAGGUCAUUGUUUGCUUUUUUUUUUCCCCCAUUUAAAUAUAUUUUUUUUCUUUGUAAUAUCAAUGCAUAUGAUUCAAGAAAUAUGUCUGAUGUUUCCGACAUAAAAUUAAUGGUUUAAACUGAAGUCACUGUCAGUAAUUUUCAAGACAUGGAAUCAAAUAUGAUGAAAACAUUUUGACGUCUUACAAAGUAACUUAAGUAGAGUAGUUUUAGUUAGAUAAUGAUUUAACGUUAUUGUAUUUGUUCAGUGUUUGAUGCAUUGAAAACUAUACAGGACAUAGGUUUCUGUAUGUAAUUGAUAAAUAAUACAUCAAGUUUGCUACGAUUAAAUAAAGUUUUCAAAAUAUUUUUAAUGUUUGAGGAGUUAACCACUUACCAGCAAAUUCAUGUUUUUAUACUCAAUGCUACAUGAAGGGGAAAGUAGAUAUUGCAUUUUUUUUUUUUUUCAUUUCUCUGCGACAGCAGCAGAGGUCUUUUACCACUGUGGCUAUAUUUUCAUAUAAACCAUUAUCGUACAUCUGUAUAGUAUCAUAACGUCGUCCUGUGUUAUUAGAACAGUUAAGUUUUGUUAUGGCUAGUAACUUGUGGCAUGUUUCAUAUUUCCAAAUGUAUUAGUUUGUUUUUAUCUUGUGACAGAUAGAAACUGAAAAAAUAAAAUCGUUUUAUUUUGUAUUUUUCAA